AUGCUACAAGCGCAGAGCCAACACGUCUUCUCCCACCAGCAUCAGUAUCCACAGGCUGAUCCCGCGUGGCUGCAACACCAGCAGCAACAACAACAUCAUCAGGCACAGCCGCACCAGCAACACCAGCAGCAGCACGCCUCCUUGGUCGCCGCUCAGCAACAUGCUCAAGUCCAGGCUGCGCAGCAGCAGCAGCAGCAACAACAACACUAUAGUCGCCUGGCCAUGGCCAAUAACAGCGCUGUAAACCCUGGUCAGAGUGCCGGAGGCCUCGGCGGCAUGGGCGGAGAGGGUUUGGCCAAUGCGGUCUCCGGCAUGGACGGUGCUAUCAGUGAUGAGAAUCGCAAGGUCUUCAUCUGGGUUGCAGAACUCCUGGAUCCCGCCCGCAGGGAAGCGGCGCUCAUGGAACUGAGCAAGAAGCGGGAGCAGGUCCCUGAGCUGGCUCUCGUGAUCUGGCAUUCAUUCGGUGUCAUGACUGCCCUCCUCCAGGAGAUCAUUUCGGUCUAUCCCCUUUUGAAUCCUUCGCAGUUGACUGCCGCCGCAUCAAAUCGAGUCUGCAAUGCGCUGGCGCUCUUGCAGUGUGUCGCAUCCCACAAUGAGACACGCACUCUCUUCUUGAACGCCCACAUCCCUCUAUUUCUCUACCCCUUCCUCAACACCACUUCCAAGUCUCGCCCGUUCGAGUACCUCCGUCUAACUUCCCUCGGUGUCAUUGGUGCCCUAGUGAAGAAUGACUCAUCCGAUGUGAUCAACUUCCUGCUUACCACCGAAAUCAUUCCCCUCUGCCUUCGGAUCAUGGAGACUGGAUCGGAACUGAGCAAGACCGUCGCUAUCUUCAUUGUUCAGAAGAUUCUUCUUGAUGACAUUGGCUUGGCAUAUAUCUGUGCGACCUAUGAGCGUUUCUACGCUGUUGGCACAGUCCUCAGCAAUAUGGUUGGUCAGCUGGUGGAUCAGCAAACAGUGCGACUGCUCAAGCAUGUCGUGCGCUGCUUCCUUCGAUUCAGUUUGAGCGACAACAGCCGUGCCCGUGAGGCAUUGCGACAAUGCUUACCGGAACCUCUCCGAGACGCCACCUUCUCCUCCGUCCUCCGAGACGACGCAGCUACCAAGCGCUGCCUGGCUCAGCUCCUGAUAAACCUCUCAGACAAUGUGUCUGAUGGCGCCUCGGCAGCCAUGUAA